UGGUGAGAUAAUUUUAUAAUUUUUUAAGAAAAAUUUAAAAUGUCUGACGAAUUUCAUUAAAGAAUAAUUCAUAAAAUUAAAUUAAGACAUUUUAGUUUACAUUUUAAGCUUUAAAUAUUUCUUUUGUAAAUAUCUUUACAGAAAGUAAAUAGGACAAAAAUUUGACUACCCCUUGACGAAAUAAUACAAAACACCAUAAAUGUCUGCUAAUACUAGUCCUUCUCACUAUACCGAAGACGCUUUUGUAACCGAUGCCAACUUCAAAGUAGAAAUAAAUCAAAAGAUGAAGGUGCCUGAAAAAAUUAGCUUUAACAAUGACUUAAAUGGAGAAGUUCGAAAUUCAUGGAUUAAAGACAAUUUUGAUAAUAUGCAGGUACCCGAACGAAUAUUAGUUGUUGGACAAGAUCAACACGUUGGCACCAGAGCACCCCCAAGAGAAAUAGCCUAUGAUAAUUCAAUUCUUUCUUCCGACCCUUAUCCAGCUGAAUUGCCCAGGGUAGCUACACCACCCAGAACUCUAACUCUAGACAAGUAUCCAUUUCCAGGUAUUGAAAAUUAUGAGCAAGAACUUGAGCCCGAAGAUCAUCUACCAGUAAUUAAACCAAAAUCAAAGGUCCAAUUAAAUUUAAAUGAUUCUGUCUAUUCAAUGACAAACUCUUUUAGGGAAUCAACUCCACCAUUAGGUGGAACUGGUGAUGGUUUAACCACUGCCGAAGAGGUAAUUCAUUUAAGACGUCAACUAGCAAAAUUGAACCGCAGAGUAAUGGCUCUAGAAUUAGAAAAUAUUAGUAGGGUUCAAAAAGAAAAAGUUCUUGUUGGCUGUGGCGUAGCCUAUUUCCUUCUUAAGCUUAUUAUAUGGAUGAGUAAGGACUAAUUGUGGAAGGAAGAAUAUCUAGUAUUAUUUAAGGAUUAUUUUUUAUGAUGUAAUCAAGAUUUAUAGAGUAGUAAAUGACUUGUUUAGGUA